AAUUUUAAGAGUGAAAUACAUACAUUAAACUUAAUAAUGAGUCUGUUUCGAGAGUGUAUCCCUAUUCUCUUCAAACAAAAAUAAUCGGCCCCUAAACAACGAAGUUAAUGAUGAACUGACACUUGAAACAUGAUGUUUUUACAACUGAGGCAACAGAAGAAGAGUGGCACAUGGAUUUUAUGCCGACGGGUUAUUUACCCGAUAGCGUUUAUAGAGAACUAGCUUGGUAUGGUAUUCUGCAAAUUCAACCACUGCAUCACAGUGCCAAACACAAAGUUGCUGCCCAGUUAAUUUGGCAGCACACUCUUGGGAGACCUCAUAUUAUAUUGGAAAACCCUCCUCAGUCCACUCAAUCGCCAGGUAAGAUAAGCCGACUGAUACUAGCGGAGGAGGCGGCGAAGUGGUCAAGGGAACAGCGAGCCGCCCAAGAAGUGCUGAUGGAGAAUAUCAAGAGUGGCGGUAACGGGUUAACCGUGAGAACGGUUAUCAGCGCUCAGAAGAAAACCACUUACAUCAUACAGAAUGGUAAUUACUACAGAUGUCCCGACGGCUCUGAACCAGAUCUAGAUGCUUAUAGAGUCCAAGCGAACAUGCACGAACGAAAAUGCACGUUUGGAAGACAAUCCAUUCCAGUACCGGUCGAUCCCUGCAUAGAGGCCGAAGUGGCGCCAAUAGAAUACUCUUUCCACGAAGGUUGGAUGUUCUGUCUCGGUAAUGGCGAGAGAGAAAACAAUUAUUUCCAAAACGGAACAUUGGACUGUGGGAACAAAACUAAGGUGCCCGUUCAUGAGUUUCUAGAUCUAUGCGCCAUCGACAAUAACAUUGUUAUAACAUUUGAUUACUUCGGUGACGAGCCACGAAAAGACAUGAUGCACAAUGCGACAUUGUGCACUUCUUGGGAUCCAUGCCGAUUGUCUUAUUUGUAUCGACUUGAGCCGCCUCCAGUCGAAAUGACGCCAUCCUUCCCUACCACAACGCCUAAUCCAUGCGAGAUAACAGUGUGCCCAGAUUGCUUGGAUGGGGUCACAGAAAGGAUCGGAGAAGUUAUUGAAAUGGACUCAGAGGAUGACAAAAAAGUGGGAUCUAAAUCAAAAGAUUUUGAUGUCUAGCAAGAUGUUAAACAUACAUUGUAAAACAAGUUAUCAGAAAAGUUUUUGAUUAAAGAUUUAUGUGUGAUCAUUCAAUAUCCUAA